AUGGCGCGACGGUACGAGAUCGACGAGCUGUUAUGGCUCCGCGACUCGCCCCUCGUCGCUAAGCCUCCCGGACUGCCACCGCUUGAAGAAUGGAUGCCUCAACCCGACCCAACCACCACACAACGCAAAACCCAUACUACCCGUGAUACGAAUAAUCCAUCUGAGACCAAUACGAACAGAAGGCCGAGCUUUUUUGAACCCAAACAUAUCUCCCGGAAUUCUAACUCAGAAGACAUUGUGCUAGGUCCGCCAAAAACAGCAUUUGCUUCAUCUCGAAUCGGCGGAAAAGGCUCAUUCGAUCUGACGGACCGACCAGCUCGCACAAACGAUUCGGAUGACGCGAAGAACGACCGAUUCAAUUUCAGGGAUAAAUUUUUCAAGGACCGCGAUGCUCAGGACAAUGAAUCAGAGCGACGUGAUGCCAAGCCAGGUCCACUGGCUAGCCGCCGGGGUGAGAGAGAAGAUUGGAGUGCCGGGCGCCCGCGUCGCACAUUCGGCCCUGAAGAGCAGGAGCGCAAGCCUCGACGCAAUGGGGAAUUUGAUAGAUGGGAAAACAAAGAAGGUCCCCGUGACCCCAAUGCUGAUCGAGCUAUUCGUGAUAAAGAUGGCCGAUUUCCCAUCCGGAAAGAAGGGCAGCCCCCGCGAUCUAAAUACGAAGGAAGUUGGUUCCGCGAUGAACAUGCCGCUCGUGAGGGGGCUGAGGCUGAUGAGGAUAAGCCACCUCUGCGCAACCGAGAAUGGCGCCAGAAUCAAACCCGAAGCGGCCCCGAGCGUGAAUGGAAUCGAGGUGCCAAAUUUGAACAAGAACCCGAAUGGUUGGAUGCCAAUGAGCGAGACGAACCCCGACGAGCACACACCCAGGAAGAUUUCCAGCGUUGGAAGGAGCGCAUGAAGGCUGGAUCCGGAUCGUCCGCGCAAGCCCCAGCGCAUGCCGAGGAGAAGAAAGAGGCGCCAGCUGAAGCGCCAAAGCCGGAGGUUCGCCGUACUGACGGCGAGAUCUUUAGCAACUCUGCUGCGCAGUUCAUAUCGGACAAUUCAAUGGAACGCUUCUUCGGUCUCUUGGGCGACCCUAAAGCUCCAACUCAGUCGCCAGAGGCCAGCACCCCUGUCGCUGCCGAGUUAACCGCCAAGAAGGAUCCCUUCCCUAUUCCUGGAAAACCAGGAAAGUCGUCCCGUUUCGCGGGCCUGUUCAGCCCCAUGCCCGAGAGCCCUGCUAGAGAGCCUGAGUCAAUGCAUUUAUUCAAUGCCAUGGUUCAGCAACAGCAACAGCAACAACCCCCGGCACCUGAGGGUAUGCCUUUCCCCUCCCGUAACGCGGAUCAAGCUGGUUUUCAGCGCAUCAUGGAGAUGCUUGGCGGGCAGCGGUCGCAGAAUUCUACACCCCAAGAGGCAGGUUUGCCCCAGCAGCAGCGUAGUUCCUCCGUUUUGCAUGCUGAGCAGCAAAACGCCGCCCAAUCACUACCGUCUCCUUCCAGAGAACUUUCUGGCCGAGCUGACUACAUGGGCCCGGCGCCCGAGAGUCCUAUGUCCGCGUCGGCCCGCCCCCCAGGGGGCAAUCCAUCCCCGCACUCUUCGGGCAUUGCACCCCCUCCCGGUUUAAUGCCAGAGGGGAUGCCACGUCCUCCGCCAGGUCUUUCUGGCCAAAAGACACCGGCUUUCCUUGAUGACCCGGCAAUUGCCAACAUGCAGCGACCGGAUUCCGAGCAGCUCCGCCGCCGACCUGCAAAUGGCCCACCUAUGGGGUACUUUGACGACAUGCCAUUCCCUCAGGGGAAUCAAGGCCCUAUGACCCCAGGCGGUCCUAUUACCCCGGGUGGCUCCCGGGCUCAGGGACCGAAUCAGCCCCCUAUGCCUCUUCAUCGACCCCCAGGCUUGGAACAUCUGCCUCCCCCGGGAUGGACUGGCCAGCCUGUUCCGCAGCAAGGCAAUGUACCCAGCCCUAUGGGUCCUCCCCCUGGAAUUCCCGCCCCGGGUCGCGGCAUGAACCCCAACUUCCCCCCCCGGCAUGCUUCCUAUGCCCGGGACUGCGCCUCCAAUGAACGAGCGCCAGGCCUUCCCUCGGGGUCCGCCUCCGGGCAUGAUGCCACCUCCUGGAUAUAUGACUGGCCCUCCUCCCGGAUUCCCUCCUAUGCAGCCGAAUCCCGAAGCGAUGCUACGACUUGGCCCCGGUGCCCAGGGACCUUUCGGACCCGGCAACCCUGGCCCACAGGGCCCUCCCUCUUCGUCUCACCACCUUCUGGAGAUGUUCGGUCAGCCCGGCGGCGUUGA